UUUUUGCAUCGACCGCACAAUUACGUCACUGCGUCAGCGCUGGUGAAGGCUUGCGUCGGGACGGGGGCACGGAACUGCUGUAGGGUCGACGAAUAAUUGGAGAUGAAGGAGAAAAAUUGGAAAUGAAACAGCGGUUUGAGGGGCUGUAGCGGCGACUUAGCGGCGGUACGAGUAUCCGUGGCCUCGCUUUAAAGUGAAUGUUGUAUGAGGAGUCGCGGAGGAAGUGCUUUCAUCGCGGUAAGGUAGUGUAGGGAGAGCCGGGGAGGGCUGAAGCUGCUGGGCUUUUUUUUUUGGAGAGGGAAAACAACAUGGCUGCUGUGGAGCUCGAAUGGAUCCCAGAAACACUGUACAACACCGCUAUCUCGGCUGUGGUGGAUAACUACAGCCGCUCAAGAAGGGACAUACGCUCACUCCCGGAAAACAUACAGUUCGAUGUCUAUUAUAAGCUUUACCAGCAGGGCCGGCUCUGCCAGCUGGGAGGAGAGUUCUGUGAGCUGGAGGUGUUUGCUAAAGUGCUGCGGGCUUCAGACAAAAGACACCUCUUGCACCACUGCUUUCAGGCCCUGAUGGACCACGGUGUGAAAGUGGCUUCAGUUCUGGCAAACUCUUUCAGCCGCCGCUGCUCCUACAUCGCAGAGUCUGACGCCCAUGUCAAAGAGAAGGCCAUCCAGUUCGGCUUUGUGCUGGGUGGUUUCCUGUCUGAUGCGGGCUGGUAUGGAGAUGCAGAGAAAGUGUUUCUGUCGUGCCUGCAGCUGUGCACGCUCCACAGUGAGGUCCUCCACUGUUUCCGGGCUGUGGAAUGCUGUGUCAGGCUGCUUCAUGUCCGCAAUGGCAACUGUAAGUACCACCUAGGGGAGGAGACCUUCAAGCUUGCUCAGUCUUACAUGGACAAACUAGCCAAACAUGGCCACCAGGCCAACAAGGCAGCGCUGUACGGCGAGCUUUGUGCCUUGCUCUUCGCCAAAAGCCACUAUGAUGAGGCAUACAGGUGGUGUAUAGAGGCUAUGAAGGAGAUAACUCCAGGGCUGCCUGUUAAAGUAGUGGUGGAUGUGCUCCGGCAAGCUUCUAAGGCCUGCGUGGUGAAGAGGGAGUUCAGGAAAGCAGAGCAGCUGAUAAAACAUGCAGUGUUUCUAGCAAGAGAACAUUUUGGACACAAGCAUCCCAAGUAUUCUGACACGCUGCUAGAUUAUGGAUUUUACUUAUUAAAUGUAGACAACAUAUGCCAAUCAGUUGCUAUUUACCAGACAGCGUUGGACAUCCGACAGUCCGUGUUCGGGGGGAAGAACAUCCACGUUGCCACAGCUCAUGAAGACCUGGCCUACUCCUCAUACGUGCACCAGUAUAGCUCUGGGAAAUUUGACAACGCUCUAUUCCACGCAGAACGUGCCAUAGACAUCAUAACUCACAUUCUGCCCGAGGACCAUCUGUUGCUGGCCUCCUCCAAGAGAGUCAAAGCUCUGAUUCUGGAGGAGAUCGCCAUCGACUGCCACAACAAGGAGACAGAAGAGCGCCUCCUGCAGGAGGCUCAUGACCUUCACCUCUCCUCACUGCAGCUGGCCAAGAAGGCCUUCGGAGAGUUCAACGUCCAGACAGCCAAACACUACGGCAACCUCGGACGACUCUACCAGUCCAUGAGGAAGUUCAAGGAGGCAGAGGAGAUGCACAUCAAAGCCAUCCAGAUUAAAGAGCAGCUUCUGGGCCACGAGGACUACGAGGUGGCUCUGUCUGUGGGUCACCUGGCCUCCCUCUACAACUACGACAUGAACCAGUAUGAAGACGCAGAGAGGCUCUACCUGCGCUCCAUCGCUAUCGGUAAGAAGCUGUUCGGAGAAGGUUAUAGCGGGCUGGAGUACGACUACCGAGGCCUGAUCAAACUCUAUAACUCAGUGGGAAACUACGAGAAGGUGUUUGAAUACCACAACAUACUGUCCAACUGGAACCGGCUGAGGGACCGGCAGUUUGCCGUCGCAGACGCCCUGGAGGACGUCAAUACUACGCCCCAGCAGACCCAGGAAGUGGUACAAGCUUUCCUAUUGGCUCAGAGCCUUGGCCCCACCCGUCCCUGUCUCGGCUGAUUUUUAUGAGGGAAGAAAGGAAACAAGGACACGUGGGCUUUAGCCUGGAGAGGACACAUGAUGAGCCCUAAUGUGAUGCUUCAGUUGCACACAGUUAAUUAGUAAUACACAGUAAAUUCAAGCAUCACCGGCAUGUCAGGUGACUUUAUGGUCACUGCAGCUGCCAGUUCUCUC